AUGGCGGAGAAGUCGCCGGCGGCCGACGUGGAGGCCGGUCUCCUCGCCCACCUCAACUCCGCUGGUGAGGUCCCCGACUCCCGCUCCUUCGCCUCCUCCCUCGGCGUCUCCCACCUCGAGCUCGUGGGCGUCAUCAAGAGCCUUUCAGCUUUCCGCAUCGUCGAAAGCAAAGACAUCAUCAAGGAGGCAUGGGUGCUCACCGAAGAGGCCAAGGGCUACGUCGCCAAGGGCUCCCCCGAGGCACAGCUCGUCGCUGCAAUCCCACCGGAGGGCGUCUCCAAGGACGCUCUGAAGGCAAAAUUGGGAGAUGCUUUCGAUGUUGGCAUGAAGGCAGCUGCGAGGAACAAGUGGAUAGGGUUCGAGAAGGGGAACAAGGACUUAGUCCUUAGGAAGGUUGAGAGCGUAAUGGAUGAGUUGCAAGAGCAGCUUAGAAGACUAGAGAAUGGGGAGGCUGUUCCUGAUAAAGUGAUCGAUGAUUUGAAGAGAAGGAAACUUAUUACGAAAGAGAAAUCAAUUUGGCACUCUCUAAAGAAGGGGCCUGAGUUUGUUUUAAAGAGAAAAACUUUGGCUACUGAUGUGACAACAGAACACCUUAGGAGUGGUGACUGGAAGGACCUUGAAUUCAAAGACUAUAAUUAUGGAGCUCAAGGGCAACCUAUAGCGAAAGGUUAUGUGCAGCCUUUGAUGGAGGUUCGUGAGGCAAUCGAGAACAUCUUUAUUAUGAUGGGAUUCACUGAGAUGCCAACCAACAAUUUUGUUGAAAGCAGCUUCUGGAAUUUUGAUGCACUGUUUCAGCCUCAACAGCAUCCUGCUCGGGAUUCACAUGAUACAUUUUUCCUGAAUGCCCCAGCAACUACACAACAGUUGCCUGAGGACUAUCUUGAGAAAGUAAAGCUAGUUCAUCAGUCUGGUGGUUAUGGCUCCAAAGGAUAUGUUUAUGACUGGAAACGGGAUGAAGCGGAGAAGAAUCUUCUCCGUACUCAUACAACCGCUGUUUCCACAAGAAUGUUAUACAAGCUUGCUCAGGAGAAACCUUUUGCUCCAAAGAGAUAUUACUCCAUUGAUCGGGUUUUCCGCAAUGAAGCUGUUGACCGGACUCAUCUUGCUGAAUUCCACCAGAUAGAGGGACUUAUCUGUGAUUAUGGUUUGACGCUUGGUGAUCUGAUUGGUGUAUUGGAGGAUUUCUUCUCGAGUCUAGGCAUGUCCAAGCUGCGUUUCAAGCCUGCCUACAAUCCAUAUACUGAACCCAGCAUGGAAAUUUUCAGUUACCAUGAUGGUUUGAAGAAAUGGGUGGAGGUUGGUAAUUCAGGCAUGUUCAGGCCAGAGAUGUUGCUUCCCAUGGGACUGCCAGAAGGUGUUAAUGUUAUUGCAUGGGGUCUUUCACUUGAAAGGCCAACGAUGAUCCUUUAUGGUAUCGACAACAUAAGGGACCUGUUUGGACCAAAGGUUGAUUUCAACCUCAUCAAGAGCAACCCACUAUGCCGGUUGGGACUAUAG